GGCUCCUGCCUUUGAUGUGCACAGUUAAACCCACAGCUCAGUUUUUGUUGGAAUAGCCCGGAGGACAUUUGGUGCAUGGAAUGACUGCUGGAAACAAGACCUGUGUUGAAAGAAGGGGAGGGAGGGGGGUUCGAGGGGGAGGGAAGGAAAGCUGGGAUGGUGGUGGAAGAGGCAUCGGAUCUUUUGCAUAAAAAGGGGUGGUGGAGCUAUCCCAUUCAUCCCACCCCCCCUUUUCGGUUAGAUUAAAAAAAUUCAUAUAUUACUGCUUAAUUCCCACCCUCUUCCUUAUCGCUAACACCCCCCCUUACCCUCCCCCCCCCAAAGCUGCCCAUGUUCUCUGAUGCCUUCUCAAAGCUGGGUAGGAUCGGGGUGGUUGGGUGCAGAACCCGGGUCCCGGCCAGGGGGCCAAGUGCUAGGAGCCUUCGAGGUUUCGCGGUGGAGCAGAAGAGUGGAUCCGCGAGAGGGAAAAAAGGAAAGAGAGACUACCAGCCCCGUCGCCAUUUCUGGAGUUUUCUAAUUUUUUUUCCUUUAAUUUAAUGUGUGUGGGGUGGUGUUUAAGGAUUGGUCCUUUUGAAGAUUCUUCUUGUGUUCGCGGCCCCGGUACCCUGGCGCCGGGUGGAUUGUAAAGACUGCUGCUGCUGCUUCUCCUCCUCCUCGUGUCUUUGCUUCUGAGGGGAAGGGGUCCGGUUGCCUUUUUUUUUUUUUUUUGAGUGGGAAGACUCUACGUGGGGAAACCCUUCUUGGAGGAGAUGAGAACCCGGCUUCGCUAUGCCUGCGCCUUUCAGAGAGAAGGUUCAGAGGAGCCUUUGCUGACUUGAGUGAGGAGAGAACAAGCUGAUUGCUGAGGAGAACUGGAAGAAAAGAAGAAAGUGUGAGAAACUCUCCGUCGCCAUGAGUAGUGCUGUACUGGUGACUCAUAUCUCAGACCCCAGCAGUAGCUUCAGAGAGGACGCCCCUCGCCCUCCAGUGCCAGGAGAAGAAGGAGAGACACCGCCAUGCCAGCAAUCUGUCCACCUUGGUCAGGGCAAGAGCCCAGUCAUCAAAGCUAUGCCUAUCUCUUCCAACACUAGGAGGAAUGAAGAUGGCUUGGGGGAGCCUGAAGGCAGGGCAUCCCCAGACUCCCCUCUGGCCAGGUGGACCAAGUCUUUACAUUCCUUGUUGGGUGAUCAGGAUGGGGCUUAUCUUUUUCGGACUUUCCUGGAGAGGGAGCAGUGUGUGGAUACCUUAGACUUUUGGUUUGCCUGCAAUGGAUUCAGGCAGAUGAACCUUAAGGAUACCAAAACUUUAAGAGUGGCCAAAGCAAUUUACAAAAGGUACAUCGAAAAUAACUGUAUUGUUUCCAAGCAGCUGAAACCAGCCACCAAGACCUACAUAAGAGAUAGCAUUAAAAAGCAGCAGAUAGAUUCCAUCAUGUUUGAUCAAGCUCAGACUGAGAUUCAGACGGUGAUGGAAGAAAAUGCCUACCAGAUGUUUUUGACUUCUGAUAUAUACCUCGAAUACGUAAGGAGCGGGGGAGAAAACCCAGCUUAUAUUAACAACAGUGGGCUUGGGAGUUUAAAGGUGGUCUGUGGGUAUCUCCCCACCUUAAAUGAAGAAGAGGAGUGGAGUUGUGAGGACUUUAAAGGCAAGGUUUUGCCUACAGUGGUUGGCCUGUCCAGCAAAACUCUAAGGGCUACAGCAAAUGUGAGGUCCACAGAAGCUGUUGAAAAUGGAUACAGAUCCUUCAAGAGGAAUGAUCCAAUUAAUCCAUACCACGUAAGCUCGGGCCAUGUCUUUGCUCCGGCAGCUAGCGCCAAUGACAGUGAAAUCUCGAGUGAUGCGCUGACGGAUGACUCCAUGUCUAUGACAGACAGUAGUGUAGAUGGAAUCCCUCCUUACAGAAUGGGAAGCAAGAAACAACUACAGAGAGAAAUGCAUCGCAGUGUGAAGGCCAAUGGCCAAGUUUCUCUACCUCAUUUCCCGAGAACCCACCGCCUGCCUAAGGAGAUGACACCCGUAGAACCGGCCAUUUUUGCCGCCGAGUUGAUCUCCCGGCUGGAGAAGCUAAAGAAAGAACAAGAAAGUUUGGACAAUCUGGAGGAGAGGCUGCAGCAAAUCAAGGAGGAUGAAGAGAAGGAGGGGUCAGAGUUGCCUGUCAGCACUCGGGAGGUAGCAGCGCAGCACCCACUUUCCCUCCUACCAUCUGGCAGCUAUGAAGAAGAUCCCCAAGCUAUCUUAGAUGACCACCUGUCAAGGGUGCUGAAGACUCCUGGCUGCCAGUCCCCAGGCAUGGGGCGACACAGUCCCCGUUCCCAUUCUCCUGACCACCAUCACCACUAUCACCCCCUACUCCAACCCGGUGGUCGGCUGCCACCCCCAGCAAUCACCUCAACUCUCUGCCCACUUGGCAAAGGCUUUGUUACAAAGCAGAUGACUAAACAUGUAUACCACCACUACAUCCACCACCAUACCAUCCCUAAAACCAAGGAGCAGAUCGAAGUAGAGGCAGCUCAGAAGGUGCAGUGCUUCUGUCUUGGGGGCACGGAUUAUUAUUUGUGCUCAAAAUGCAAGAGUCAUUCCAAGGGACCAGAGCUGGCACCAGUGGAACAGUUUAGCCGAGGUAAUACCCUAUCAAAGCGGAAUGGAAAGGUGACAGAACCGUGUUUGGCCUUGUCAGCCAAGGAAGGAAUCCCUGUUGGAACAGGGAUACUGCAACUACCUGGGAAUGAGGGGGACAGGUCACAGAACGUUUGGCAGUGGAUGUUGGAGAGUGAGAGACAGAACAAGCACAAGCCUCAUAGUGCCCAGAACACAAAAAAAGCCUAUCCUUUGGAGUCAGCCCGAGGAGCCAUUGGUGACCGGGCCACCCGCCCCCAUCUGUGGGGGAGUAGCAUGGGGCACUCCCGCACCAUGCCACAUGCCCAUCCCUUCACACAAGACCCUGGCAUGGCUCCCCUGGGUCCCCCUAAUACCCUUGCUCAGCUGGAGGAGGCUUGUCGUAGGUUGGCUGAAGUGUCCAAGCCCCAAAAGCAACGGUGCUGUACAUCAAAUCAACAGAAAGAUAAAAACCACUCUACUGUUGGUCAUGUGGGAGGUGCCUCCUUCUGCAACCCCAGUCUGGCCCCAGAAGAUCACAGAGAGCCAAAGAAACUGGCAAGUGUUCACUCCCUUCAGGCCAACGAGCUGGUCGUCACUUAUUUUUUCUGUGGAGAAGAAAUUCCGUACAGGAGGAUGUUAAAGGCGCAGAGUCUGACACUUGGCCACUUUAAAGAGCAACUCAGCAAAAAGGGAAAUUAUAGGUAUUAUUUCAAAAAAGCAAGUGACGAGUUUGACUGUGGGGCUGUUUUUGAAGAGAUUUGGGAAGAUGAUACGAUACUCCCAAUGUAUGAAGGAAGGAUUCUGGGGAAAGUAGAAAGAAUCGAUUAAUUUUUAUUUUGGCGGUGGUGGGUGGUAAUGGAAACAACUUUUUGCAUCUGUUUCUUAAGAACUGUUGAAACAAAGCUAAUGAUACCUGUCUUGGAAGUGACAAAAAAGAUAUUUUGAAGGAAAAUUGAAUCAAUGAAGAAGAAAGAAAUCUAGGAAGACUUGGCGAGUCAGCCUUCAUUAUUCACUGGGUACGGAAAUAAGAAAAAGCCCUGAACUAUUUAUUAAAAAGAUGACCACUCUUGGCUAUUGAAGAUGCAAACCAUUUUUUGAGAGACUUCCUUACAUAUCACUUCCUAGAGAUCUGAAAUCCAUAAACUAAGAAAAACUGUAUAGCUUCCCUGAACAGGAAUCCUUACUGAUAUUUAUUGAUCCUGGUAUUUCCUUUUACAUCCAGUUAAUGGAUAUGCUGCUUUAACAGAGGAGAGGGGAAAGAGGAACAUUGUUCUUUAAUUGUUCAAUUCAAAUGUAGGAGUUUAGCUAGGAGUGAAUUAAUGAUUUCUAUCAUUUAAAAGGAAUUAUGCUUUGCCCAGUAUUUCUCCAAGUGAAGUUAGAUUGUUUUAAUGGUGCCCUAUGGUAGAGUGGAGAGAGAGCUGGCCUCAAAGCCAGGUGGACCUGGGGGUUCAAGUCCUGACUCUGACACAUCCUGGCUUUGUGACCUCAGGCAAGUCACUUAACCUCUCAGUGCCCCAGGCAGCCCUCUAAGACUUUAAGCUGCAGGGAAGGUGUUGACCUGCUUUGGUAGAGGAAGUUCCUCAUUUGGGAGUUCCCUGUAUCAAAGAAAUCACAGGUUUAGCUCCUAUUCCUUUCCCUAUACUAUUAAUACACAUAAAAAUUGGUGAAUUAAAAAAAAAAAAGCUAUGCUGCUCUAACUUGUAAUAAAGUUCUUAAUGUUUAAAUAUGAUGCAUUAUCACUAUAACACAAGAACAGUGUUUGAUUGGAGAAUUUGUGUAACAUGGGUGCUGUGAGGAUCUUACAGCUGAGAUCCCUAGUGUGGUCAGUGCCCGACUCCCUAGUUGGAUGGUCUGAGUGAUCUUCCCCACGAGAUUCUGUGUGCUUCCUGCCCCCCCACCCCAUCCAGAGGACCCAAUCAUAUACAGGAUAAAAUAAGCGCAUGCCAUGUAGCUAGCUCACGUAGGAGGUGAUUUUAGCAUGCCCUUUAUUAAAAGUGCAGUGUCUUUAAGCCUUCGGGUCCAGGGGAAGAUUCAGACUUUGUAUUGAAGUCUUCACUCCCCUUUUUGUCCCAGCCCUGAGCUUCACUCCUCCCCUGUACUCCCCCGUCCCCAUCCCCAACCCCCACUACAGACCUCAGAGGAAAUUGCACCAAAACUCAGAAAUGGUUCUUUCACACAUUUGCACCCCUGCAGCCCCCAAAUAAAAAGGGUGGAUGCAAACCCAGAAGCAGCACCUCCUUCCCCAAGAGUCCUUCAUUUUGAUGUUUGGGUUUUUCGUGUUAAGUUAAUGUGUGCAUUCUGUUUGUCAUUACUACCUUGUACUGUAAGUCUGUAUAUAUUGUAUGGUGAAAGAUUAUUAAUACACUAUCUCUAGUGUUUGAAAUGGAAUCAGUACAGUACCUGUGCCUGCAUGGUGGGUUAUACCGUGUAAUCGCCCUAUAUUGAGGGCUCAACUUUCCCUUGUUUUUUGAAAGGGGUUUAUGUAUAAAUAUAUUUUAUGCCUUUUUAUUACAAGUCUUAUACUCAUGACUUUUGCCAUGGCGUUUUGUUCUACUUACACUGUAAAUUAUGCAUUAUAAAGAGUUUCAUUUAAGGAAAAUUACUUGGUACGAUAAUUAUUGUAAUUAAGAGAUGUAGCCUUUAUUAAAGUUUUAUAUUUUUCAAA